AUGGAAUCAUGCCCGUACAAAGAUGCAGGACUUCCUGUCGACCAGCGAGUGGAGGAUUUGCUCAGUCGGAUGACGCUCGCAGAAAAGGCCGGGCAGAUGUUCCAUACGAUUCUGAUGAUGGGGCCAGGUGGUCAUCUUCAAACAGAGCCAAAUCCACUCUUUGAUAUCCUUCCAACGGAAACGCUCCUCGGGAAUAAACAUCUCACACAUUUCAACCUGCUCGGUCCAGUCACUAAUGCUCGAGAUGCGGCAGAAUGGCAUAAUGGCUUGCAACACCGAGCUCUUGCGACAAGACUGGGAAUUCCUGUGACAUUGUCUAGCGAUCCUCGAAAUCACUUCACCGACAAUGUUCUGACUGGCUUCACUGCCGGAGCAUUAUCGCAAUGGCCAGAAACUUUAGGUCUUGCAGCGUUACGAUCGACGAGUCUCGUGGAGCAUUUCGCAAAUGUGGCAAGGGAGGAGUAUCUUGCACUUGGACUUCGCGCAGCUCUACAUCCUCAAAUUGAUCUUGCUACCGAGCCACGAUGGUGUCGAAUUGGAGCAACGUUUGGAGAAGAUGCCGAUCUCUCAAGUGAACUUGUGGCGGCAUAUAUUCGGGGCUUUCAGGGUCCAGAGCUGGGCCCCAAUUCGGUCGCGACUAUCACUAAACACUUUCCUGGAGGAGGUGCUCAGAAGGAUGGCGAGGAUCCGCACUUCUCCUAUGGCCGAGAGCAAGUUUACCCUGGGGAUAAUAUGGACUAUCAUAUCAAACCUUUUCGAGCUGCAAUCGCAGCUGGGGCAACACAGAUCAUGCCUUACUAUGGAAUGCCGGUUGACACAGAGUUUGAGGAAGCUGGGUUCGCAUUCAACAAAGGAAUCAUCACCGGCCUGUUACGUGAGAAACUCGGUUUUACAGGAGUUGUUGUUACAGACUGGGGCCUCAUCACAGAUGCAAAUAUCCUUGGACAGCAUAUGCCAGCCCGUGCUUGGGGUGUAGAGUCCCUAAGCGCCUUGGAGCGUACGAAAAAGAUCGUGGAUGCGGGUUGCGAUCAGUUUGGCGGCGAAUGUUGUCCAGAGCUUGUCAUCAAGGGAGUCGAGGAUGGAUUAAUACCCGAAAGUCGAAUCGAUGCAUCUGUUCGACGAAUACUCGAAGUCAAAUUUCGCCUCGGGUUGUUCGAACAACCUUUCGUCGAUGUCGAGGAUGCAGUGAAUGUAGUUGGGAAAGAGAGCUUCAGAGCAGACGGAUACGAUGCACAAUGCCGAUCUAUCACCUUGUUGACAAAUGUCAAUCAAAUUCUGCCCCUGAAGGUAAGCAAUGCAAUGAAGGUCUACGUUGAAGGACUCGAUCCAGCUCUUGUUAUCGGACGGGGACUGUUACUCGUGAACCAGCCUGCCGAGGCUAACAUUGCCAUCCUGCGCCUCAAAGCUCCACAUGAAGCCCGACCUGGAGCCUACGAAGCCAAAUUUCACCGUGGCUCUCUCGAGUAUCCAUCGCGAGAAAAAGCACGCCAAGCCAGGAUCUACAACAUGGUACCCACGGUUGUCGACGUCUAUUUGGAUCGACCCGCCAUCAUCCCUGAGAUCGCUGCUUCAGCAGCAGCUCUCAUGGUCUCUUAUGGCAGCAGUGGUGCCGCCUUCCUGGACGUUGUCUUCGGGAUUGCGAGUCCUGAAGGCAAGCUGCCUUUUGAUCUUCCGUCGUCGAUGAAAGCUGUCGAGGAGUCACGCUCGGAUAUGCCGUAUGAUACCGCACAUCCAACAUUUCGGUUUGGAGAUGGGCUGUUGUAUGGAGAAAGAGACGACAGACAUUCUCCAGAGCUUCAUUCUCACCUAUAG